CUCCCCUUCACUCCACCGCUUUCUCCUCGACACUUUCCUUCUCUCUCCCUCUCUGGUGCAAUGUCGUCGUCGGAUUCGUCGUGGGCGGCGUCGACGCUCCCAGACUCCCCGGCGCCUGCGGCAGCGGCGGCGGCGGCGGCGGCGGCGGCGGGCGUUGGGCUCGGCUACGGCAUCGCCAUCGCCGUCGGCAUCCUCGUCCUCGUCUCCACCAUCAUGCUCGCCUCCUACCUCUGCGUCCGCGCCAAGGGCACCUCAUCAUCCUCCCCCUCCCCGCCCCUCCCCACUCACCACCACCGCCACCACCACCACCACCCCCGUUCACCCACCACAUCCGAAAUGGCGGUGGCGGUGGGGCUCGACGACGCCGCCAUCGACGCCUUCUACCCGAAAUUCGCAUGCGGCGCGGGGAAGGAAGAGCCGGCGGCGGUGGUGGGGACGUGCGCGAUAUGUCUGGGGGAGUGCGAGGCCGGGGAGGCGGUGCGGCGGGGGACGGAGUGCGGGCACGGCUUCCACGCGGGAUGCGCCGAGCGGUGGCUGCGGGUGAGCGCCGCCUGCCCGCUCUGCCGCAGCUCCUCGCCCUCCCCGGCCGCCACCAGCCCGCAGCCACCCCGCUCUCCGAGCUCAUCCCCUCGCCCUCCACGCCAAUGAAAUUGGAUCUCGCGCCGCUACCUGUCGGUGCGGGUUCUAAAAAAAGUUUUUUUUUUU